GUGCUGAGCUUAAAAUGUUUUCUUAAUCCUCAUUUAAUCGUAAAUAAAUAAUUAUUAAUGCAACAUGGGUUUGGCUGGCAGAUUAGUAAAAAUUGAUUCAAUGAUUUCACUUCAUAUGGAUAGGGAAUCGUUUGUAGUUCAAUACUCUAUUUGUCUAAUUAUUAGUUCGUGGAAGAUAUGGCAUACAGCGGUCACUGCUGACAGAUAUCCUGCAGAGCAUUGAAGGCAACCGCCUGUGACACAUAGAGAUCGCUAUUUAUAUUAUUUAUUUAACAAUAAAUGAGAAUCUAACGAAACAUUUUAAGUUUAGUACAAACGUGUCCAAACCUACUUCAGACGAUUGCAUCAUCUCAUUUACCGAAAAGCAGUUACUUGUCGACUAUCUACAUACGGAAUGCCGUUCAUUGGAAGGAGAUGGUGAUGACAGUUCGGACUUGUGAUAAUUUAGGAGAGUCAUAAUUUUUGUGAUCUUAUGAAGUCGUUUUUGGUCGGUCCACAGCUCAUGUGAAGAAGUUGAAGGAUUCUCAGUUUAAUUGGUGGCUGAGUGUUAUUUUAGUGAUUGUCAGUUGUUUAAGGUUAGCUCGAUUCAGUGACAUGGGGGAGGAAUAACCGGGAUUUGAGAUGUCCUAACCUGGAUAAUCGUGGAGACGGUAAGGACUGAGGACUAUUGGGGCUGAAGGUUCAAGCUGUUGAAUAAAGUGUUGAACAUCUGACAACAAAAAUUGGAAAGUUUUUUUGUGGAGGAGGAUUCAUGAAUAUUUUUCAUUAUUCAAUGAAAGAUAUUAUUCGAAAUCCUAAUUCGACGGACUUUUUCACCUGAUCCUCGCUAGAAAAAGAACUAUUAUUGUUAUUCUACUGAAGAAUUGUUAUUAGUCCAAGUAACUAAUUUAUAGUGAUAUUGCUCCUGGCCCAUUCCUAGAGUGGGAGAAUCAAGGAGAAAUGGUCGAGGAUUUGAGAAAUGUUGACGUUGACAAUUACCAGAUCGGUCAGCGCAUCGCGUGUGAUGGUCACUACGGUACAAUCUGCUACAUAGGUGCAGUUGAGAACACGGCAGGACUUUGGUUAGGUAUUGAUUGGGAUAAUCCUACCAGAGGGAAGCAUAAUGGAACAUACCAUGAUAAGGAGUACUUCAAAACACGAUAUCCAACUUCUGGAUCGUUUGUACGACCAGGAAAAGUUAAAUCAGGAAUAUCUUGCGUAGAAGCAAUAAAAAAUCGUUAUGGCUACAUUGACGACGAGUUAGCUGGAGUCGAUAGAGAGAAUAUCUCGAAUUUACGAAAAGAAAUCAAUGCUCCAUUCUUAGAGAUGGUGGGAUUUUCUAAGGUAAAUCGAAAGCAGAGCAAUUUCGAUCAGUUGAGUAUUGUAUCCGUGCGGGAGGAGUGCGUCUCUACCGCUGGAGAUUCAGGAAUCCUUGGAGAACUAUUUCCCAACAUCGAAGAGCUGGAUUUGUCGAAAAAUUUGAUCAAUUCCUGGGUGGUUAUUGCAGACAUUUGUUCACAGCUGAGGAAGUUGGAUCGCCUGAACAUUAGUGAAAACAUGAUCCCUGCAGACUCUACAUUGGACCAAAUCAGCGGAGCAUUUGAAAAUGUAACUGAAUUGACAAUGGCCCAUAUGAAUUACAUGUGGAAGAAAAUUGAAGCCUGUACAUCAAAGUUCCCUUCCCUGCGAAUACUGUCUGUGCCAUUUAACGAGGCCAGUACUCUACAUACACCGAUAAAUAAUUCACCGCUGCUUAGACUUCAAACAAUAACUCUCGAAGGUAAUUCGAUAGCCGAUUGGGAGGAGGUUCUCAAGUUUGCUGGCUUAGAAUGCUUGGAGAGUCUCAACUUGAAUUCUAACUUGAUCGAGAGGAUAACUUUCUCAAGUGAUGGGAACGGAGGAACAACGAGAGCAUUCCCAGCAUUGAAACAUCUUCAUUUAUCCAGCAAUUUCAUAUCACAGUGGAGUUCGAUUAGCCAAUUAGACAAACUACAAAGCCUCGAGGACCUCAAAUUUCGGGAUAAUCCAGUAUUGAAUGCGGAAUCCCCCGAAACAGCUCGACAAUUGAUUAUCGCAAGAAUAUCGAGACUGAAGGUGCUGAAUGCGACAGAAAUCUCCGUGAAGGAAAGACGUGAUGCCGAGUACGAUUACAUGAAAAUGUUUGCCAAAGAAUGGCUCCAGUUAUCCGAAAAUUGUGAUAUUUCCAGGAGGGAGUUCUUGGCUGCUCAUCCGAGAUUUCCAGCGUUAGUUGAGAAGUACGGGGGUCCGGAAAUAAUAAGUUCCAAAGCUGAUGAGAUGAAAGCCGAUGUAAUAACAGUAGAAUUCGUCAGCAUGAAUGAUUCAUUGCAGGAGAAAUGUGUGAAAAGAAAAGUAUUGAAGGAAAUGGACGUUCAAAAGCUAACGGGAAUUGCUCAACGAUUAUUUAAAAUUGGUGGAAAAAUUCCAAUAUUAUCAUUUGUACAGUCGAAAUUAUCUAAAGAAGAAAUACCUCUGGACAAGCCUCUCCAGCAACUGAAAUACUACUCUAUCCAAAACGGUGACCGAGUGCUGGUGCGCUGGUGACACGUGCUGAUAAUGAUUAAACUAGAAUCUAUCAUAAAACAAAUUAAAUAAAUGAUUGUCUCAACUGAAGAACAAAUCGUCGCCGUACUCAUUCUUAUUGGUAUUAUUUUUUUAUUUAAUGAUAAAAUAACUGUAUAAAACUAUCGAUCAAUAUUUUGUAAUUAAAUACGUUUUUAUAUCACAAAAAUGCCACUGGUA